AUGAACCGAACCUCCUCGAGCCACCGCUCCGCAGCCGAUCCCGCCGCCGCGCCGCCGCCGCCGAUGUUCCCGUCGCCGCGCCGCGCGGGCCUCCAUGCCGGCGGCGCGCGCAUAUCUGCGCUGUGGGCGUCGCGCCGGGCGUCCUCCUUCAGCUCGGCUCCCGAUCCGGCGCGGCGGCGGAGCUCCACCCUUCUUCUCCGGCGAUUUCCCGGCAUCGCCUUUUUGGUGGGAGAGGAGGGAGAGGAGGAGGGAGGAGGGGAGAGGGGAAAUCCAUUGGAUGAGCACAGGAGCUUCCCGUGGGGCCUUCUUCCUCCAAUCUUCAUCGCGGAUAACGGUCUUUCGCUGACGAGAGAUCGCGAGAGCUAUUCGAGACUAGGAUCCGACAGUGAUCAUGCAGUGGCUGGUGAUAACAGAAGGUUGAAUUCGCAGCUAAGCUUAAGCUUCUCGCGACAGCAAAGCACGCUGUCGCAAAUCUCCGAGAUCGGCUUAUCUGACGUGGGGGAGAGCAGUCAGUCUGACGAGGGGAACGCCGGCCAUUCGUUGGCCCCCAACGGGUUUUCUAUCGGCUCGUGGGAUGAGACCAACUCAAUCGUUUUCUCCGCACCUGUGAGCAAACGAGGCAAAGACAACAAUGGGGAUGUUAUGGCUAGUCUCAGCCACAUUGAGUCCCAGUUCGGCCUGCCGAGAUCGUCGCUGGAAAUGGCAACCAUGGAGAACUUCCUGCAGAUCCAGCAAGACCAGGUCCCGUUCAAAGUCCGGGCUAAGCGCGGAUGCGCCACGCACCCGCGGAGCAUCGCUGAGAGGGAGAGGAGAACAAGAAUAAGUGAGAAGCUAAGGAAGCUACAAGAGCUUGUGCCCAACAUGGACAAGCAAACAAACACAGCAGAUAUGUUGGAUCUGGCAAUUCAGCACAUCAAGGGAUUGCAGAGCCAGGUGCAGAUUCUUUCACAAGAAAGAGACGACUGCAGAUGCGGAAGCAAGCGGGAGAAAAACUGACGAAUAAGCCGACGAACGACUGUCAGUGUAAAUAACAAUUUACGACCAACAAGGAGAUGACAACAAACACGUAUAACGAGUUCGCGGAUUCACUCUCUUUGAUCUCCUGGAAAUUUGGAGCAAUUCAUAGGCAAAAUUCUUCUUGACAGUAAAAACUGAAAAGCAGACUCUGUAGGUUUUAUUGACUCUGAUUUCGCAAACUGACCUGACAAUUCAUGUUUCAUUGUUAGUUUUUCUUCUCCUUGUAACUGUGGAAAUAUUUGAAAAAGGAUGUUUAUUUUGUGUUUUAUUAACCAAUACAGUGAUUAUUGUCUCUUUAGUUUUCUAAUUUUAUUUCUCUUUCCCUGGAA